AACACGAUGGGCAAAUCAAUGGGCGCGGCCCAGCCGCUUCUGCCGAUGCACACGCCAGCGCGUCGCCCGACGACGCGGUUCCUCGAUCGCGGCGGGAACCACGCGAUCCCCGAGAGCCAGUACGGCCUUCUCGGCCAAAUGUCCUUUGGCAAAUACAACAUCCAGCGCGUCGGUGGCUCGUGGCGCAAGAUCUACUGGGACGACUUGUACCACACGGUCAUCAACACGCGCACCGCGCGCCUCGUCACAGCGGUCUUUGUUGUCUACGCCUGCGUCAUUUUCUUCUUUGCGAUCGCGUACCAAACCGUGUCGCUCAAGGACCCCGAGUGCCACGUCGGGAUCAGCAGCCUCACCGAAGCCUACAUCUUCUCGGUCGAAACCAUCAUGACGAUCGGGUAUGGCGCGCCGUCCGACGACAUCUUUUACGGCGGCUGCGGCUCGAUGGCGUUUCUGCUGACAAUGGAGUCGUUUGCGGGCAUCUUCCUCGACUCGAUCCUCAUUGGGAUGUUCUUUGUCCGCUUCUCCCGCGCCGAUACGCGGUCGCUCUCGAUCGUCUUUUCCAAAGACGCGGUCAUCCGCAAGAUCCGCGGCGGCUACUACCUCAUGUUUCAAGUGUGCGAGCGCCGAAAGCACCAGCUCGUCGAGGCCCAUGUCCGGUGCUAUGGCAUCCGGCACGAGAUUGCGCCCGAUGGCACGGAGGAAGCGCUGUUCCAGACGCAUCACAUGCGGCUGCAGCAGCCGGACGACGACAUUGGCGCGUACCUUCUCAUGGCGCUCCCGCAGCUCGUGGUGCACCGCAUUGACCAGUGGAGCCCGCUCUUUCCGCGCGAGUGUCUCCCGACAGACUACUACGCCUCGACGUGUCCCGGCUUCCCCGACCCGUGUCAGCGCGCGAUUGACCACGAGAACGGCAACCGCGACUACGAGCGCGGCGCGGCCGAACCGGUGGCGCCGACCGAAGAGCAGAUUCGUCGGCACUUGGCGACGUCCGAGCUCGAGGUGCUCGUGAUCCUCGAGGGCGAAGACAGCACGACGUCCAACACCAUGCAGGCACGCUAUUCGUACACGCUGCAUGACUUGCAGUGGCACUGCGUCUUUGACACAUGCGUCUCUCGCAACGUCUCGAGCGGCGGUGUCACGAUCGACUUUGACAAGUUUCACCACGUGCGCCCUGAGGGUCUUUAACGUUCAUCAACAAUUGACCGUAA